CAACAACAAUUUAAGUUACCAGCAGUUUUUAUAUGCAUUUGCAGGAUGUGCCAGUGUGGCCAAAUGACCUAAGGAUACAGUGUUUCUACCUUUCUCCAAAUAUUUGAUCAGGUGAUGGUUGGUACAACAAAAGUGUGCGGAUAUGAGCCUUGGUUCGGACGAUCUUCAAACGUCACUUCUUCAACACGCCACGCCCGAUGUUACAUUAAGACGUAGUGGAUCCUGCGCAGUUGCAGAAUGGAUCACGUCUGUGAAAGCAAGGCUCCGGUCAUCAAAGAACUUGCGUUCCAAACUCAUCGCUCUUGUGAUAUUGGUUGUUGUGACCGUAAUACUGAUUAUGUAUACGUGUUUAAGCUGCGGUGGGGGUACUCAGUGCGCAGGUAUCUGCUCCUUUUCCAGUCUGAAGCCCAUGAAACUGAAAGCAGAUGAUGAGGUAACUUGUAAUUCAACUGAAAAAGCAUUCAUCGGAAAAAAUCCAGCCAAGCGUCUCCCUCAAGCAAUAAUUUUCGGUGUACGUAAAGCUGGAACUAGAGCUCUCUUGGAGUUUCUGGGCUUACAUCCGGACAUUGUUGUUAAUGUGGUGGAGCAACAUUUCUUCAGCAAUGACGUGAACUACAGUAAAGGUCUUGAAUAUUAUCGGGAACAAAUGUCAGCGAGCUACGAACAACAAAUCACCAUUGAGAAGACACCAAAGUAUUUCAUCGACAUAAUGGCUCCUGAGCGUAUUUAUCGCAUGAACCACUCUGUGAAGCUGAUACUCAUCCUUCGUGAUCCUGUGGUCCGUCUGGUCUCUGCUUACGCUCAAUUAGUUGCUAAAAAUAAAGAGAACAAUAUCACAUAUCCUCCUUUAGAAGAAAUGGUGCUAGAUGAAAAUGGUGACGUUAACUUAGAUUAUAAGUUGGUCCAAGUCUCGGUGUAUUAUAAACACAUUAUCCAUUGGUUGGAAUUUUUCGAUUUGCAUCAGAUCCACAUUGUGGAUGGCGACAAGCUUAUCACCGAUCCUUAUUACGAAAUCUACGAAGCAGAAAAGUUUCUCGGUGUAGGACACAAGAUUCAGAGAGACAUUUUCUUUUUUAACAAGACCAAAGGUUUUUAUUGUGUCCGACAAUGUACCUCAAGUACCUCUCCCCCUUGUCUGGGAGAAACUAAAGGGAGACAACACCCUCCAGUUGACAAAAAACUGGUGGAGAAGUUACGUAACUUCUUUGAAGACAAGAAUGAGAAAUUCUUUCAGUUAAUCCACAGGAGUUUUAAUUGGACAACUUUGAUUGUCUGACAAUUUUGAUCACUGUGAAAUAGAUGUUUUCAAUUCAGGGAUGUAACCCUUAAACAAGUUAAAAACAUAUUUAAAACUUUUUGCAUUUGAUUAAAUCAUAAUUAAUAAGAACAGUGAUUUUUUAAAUAUUAAAGCAAAUUAAAAUUGUUAUGAACAUUGAGCACUUAUCAUUUUCCUAAGGGUAGUUUUAAUAUUGUGUGACAUUUUGUUUGGUGUUCUAUCUUAAAAUGGUGUAUAAAAAGUGCACUAAUCAACUGAAAUCUGAUUUAUAAGAAUGAAGGUAUUUUUAUGAGAUUAUACUUAAUGUAAAUUAUUCAUAAUCACACAUUUUGGGAUGCUUUUCCAGCCAGUAUUACACAUUUUGUAGAGUCAUUGACUGUAGCAACACAUAUCCAGCAAUGUUUUGUAAUUUCUGUUUCUUUGCAAUCAUACUUCUUUUUAAAUAAAAUGUUUCAUUAUUGUAAUAAUUACAUGGUGAUUCAAAUUUAUUUUAUACUCUCCGGUGGUUUAUAGAGAAAUAUCAGUGAAUUAAAACUGAUAAUUUCACUGUUUCAAACAAUGAAAAUUAUCAGUGAGAAUUAUCGAUAAUUUUCACUGUUUAUGUUAAAUGACGUCAUUUUUUGGACGAAAUGACGUCAUUUUCCCAACGUAAUUCUUUAGUUAAACUCUUUAACAAUGUAUAUAAACUGUGAAAAAAAGCAUAAAAUAAAAAGAAAAUUUGUUGGGUUCGGUGGAUUAUCGAUUUUAAUUCACUCGUGAUCAUAUAAAAUGUAUAUUUUCACUCGUGGCUGCGCCACUCGUGAAAAUAUUAUUUUCUAUGAUCACUCGUGAAUUAAAAUCGAUAAUCCACCGAAUCCAACAAAUAUCCUCUAUAUUAUGUUAAUAUAUUGUGAUAUUGCAGUAUUUUUAUCCCAUAAUUAUAAAAUAGUUUAUGUUGAAAUAUUUAAAGACAGCCAUAGCAUCUGUAGCAUUUUAAGAUGAACUGAGCAGUUCUCAUGCUUAGCUAUUCUGAUCACCCUAUGUCUGUUGUCGUGUCCGAUGUUUUGUCUGUCAUGUGUCCUCAUUGUUUGGCUUGUGAUCACACCAGAUGCCAAAUUUGAAUCCUAUCUUGAUGGAACUUCCUCAGAAUGUUUAUUAUGACAAUAUCUAGGCAAAGAUUUUAUCUGGGUCACCUGUGUCCAAAAACGAGGUCACAAAGUCAAAUCAUAGAAAAACCUUGUAAUCACUUGAGUGGCCGUGCUAUUGACUCAAUCAUAAUGAAACGUUGUCAGAAUGUUUAUUAUGACAAUAUUUAGGCUGAGCUUCAAUCUGAAUCAUGUGCAUUUAAAAACUAGGUCAUGGGAUCAAAUAUUAGGAAAUCCUUGUUAUGGCUUUAGAUACCACAUUUUUUACUCCAUCUUGAUGAAACUUAGAAUGUUUGUCUUGACAAAUUUCAAACCAACUCAAAUUCUGAGUCACAACACUACGUCACCAGGUCAUCAGGUCAAAUAUUAGAACAACCUUGUUAUAAGUAUAGAGGCCACAUUUAUUGCUCAAUCUUGAUGAAACUUGGCCAGAAUGAUAAUCUUUACAAUAUCUAGGUGAAGUUCAUGAAGGUCAUGAGGUCAAAUCUGAUGAUAACCUUUUUAUCUCUUUAGAGGACAUAUUAAGGACUCAAUCUUUAUGAAACUUGGUUACAAUGUUUGUCUUGACCAUAUCUCAGCCCAGUUGGAAUUGAUGUCAAGUGCAUCCUAAAACUAAGUAACCAGGUCAAAUUUUGUUAAUGCUCUAGAAGCCAAAUUUACAUCACAAUCUUAAUUAAAUUUGGUCAGAAUGUUUAUCCCCACAAUAUAGUCAUGAGUGUGCAAAAACUGGGUUACCUGUUCAAAUGUUAGAAAAACCUUAUUAUCAGCUCUAGAUGCCACAUUUACAAUAUCUAGGCCAAAUUCGAAUUUGGGACACCUGCAUCCAAAAACUUAGACUCCUGGUCAAGUCGUAGAAAAAACUUGUUAUCACUAAAGUGGCAAAAUUUAUGUCUCAGUCAAGAUUUAACUUGGUAAGAUUUUUAUGUCCCCCAGUAUAUACUGGGGGACAUAUUGUGUUUGCCCUGUCUGUUGGUUUGUUUGUUGGUUUGCAUCAAACUUUAACAUUUGCCAUAACUUGUGCAAUAUUGAAAAUAGCAUCUUCAUAUGUGGCAUGAAUGUGUAUCUUAUGCAGCUGCACAUUUUUAGUGGUAAAAGGUCAAGGUCAUCCUUCAAGGUCAAAGUUCAAAAAUAUUGGUCAAAAUCAUCAAACUUUAACAUUUGCCAGAACUUUUGCAAUAUUGAAGAUAGCAACUUCAUAUUUGGCAUGUAUUUGUAUCCCAUGGAGCUGCACAUUUUGAGUGGUGAAAGGUCAAGGUCAUCCUUCAAGGUCAAAGGUCAAAUAUAUGGGGGGGGCAUAGUGUUUCACAAACACAUCUUGUUUGACUUUGUAAUAACCAAAUCUUCAUCACAUAGUUCAAACACUAGUUCAGCAGGUGAAGUUUCUAAGACUGGUUAAUCUCAAACACAAGUGAGCUCUUCAGGGCGAUCCUUGUCCUGUUCUUUUGCUAUUUGUUCAUCACACAUUCAUACCAAUAUGAUUAGAAAAUUGGAUAGUUUAAGUAGUAUUUGUAUUGUACAUUUAUUUUAUGGCGAUGUUGUAAUUUGCAAUACAAAUGUGGUUUUUACCCUUAAUUUAUGUUCAUUUGAUGUUUAUGUAUUAAAAUUUCACCAGACUAUAUGUCACUUUCAUAUAAAUAAAUCUACCUCAUUCUUUGUAGAUACAAAUAGAAAGCAGUUGUUGUAAUUAUCAGUACGUGAAGUGGACCAGGGACCUAUACAAACAGACUGUUUCUGACAGUGUCUAAAAAAAUGUAAAUUGUGUAUUAAAUGCAAAAACUGUUUUCCACUGGAAUAUAUUUUUAUAAAGUACUAAGUGUUUAAGAUAGAAGAAAAUAUUAUUUUUGAUAUUAUCAAUCUUUUUUUUAAAUCUAAGAAUUUCAUUUGUUGUUAAGGCCAUAACCAUGAGAUCUACUGUACGGUGUGAUUAUAUGUUAAAAAAGCACCAAAUUAAUUGUUUGAUGAUUUUGUCAUGUAGAUGCUUAAACACUUGCACAUUCUUGGUGGUUCUUCCGAAAAAUGAAUUUCUUAGAUUGAAACUUGACUCUGAUGUGUUCACAAUGUUAUUUGUAGAUUUUUGUUGUGAGAUUAAUUUCUCAGAAACUGAACAUAAUUUAAUACUCAUAGGUUGCCAAAUAUGGGGAGCUUUUAGGAUACUGUGUGUCCGAUGUCUGAUGUUCAUGCUCAAACUUGUUUUCUAAUGACUGCGUCACCAAAAAAAAACUUGAUUUGACAGAAACCUCUCAGAAAUUAUCCUUAGGUGACCCUCUUUCAAAGUUGUUCUAAUUAUUCCAGCAUAUUAUAUUUAUGAAUAUAUAUUUGCCAGAUUAAAAAAUAUAUUUUAAAAAUAAAAAACGCUGAAACCAUAAGCUCCAGGGGUUAAAUAUUUUAUUUGUAACAUCUUGUGGUCCCCUUGUUCAAACCCUUCUCCUGGCCACUCCUCAGCGGACACAUAAUUUAUAUAGUCUUGCAAUAUGACUCUUAACCCUUUGCAUGCUGGGAAAUUUGUCGUCUGCUAAAAUGUCGUCUGCUGAAUUUGUAAAAUUAGCAUUUUCUUCGAUUUUUUUCAAAGAAUACUAUCAGAAUAGCAAACAGUUUGGAUCCUGAUGAGACGCCAUGUUCUGUGGCGUCUCAUCUGGAUCCAAACUGUUUGCAAAGGCCUUUAAAAUUCAGCUCCAGCGCUUUAAGGGUUAAUAUCUAAUCUUAAACAACAAGGUCCAGAGUUGUGAUAUUUGGCAUAGAACAAAACUCAUUUAGGUACAUGUACCUACCAUGGCAAUUGGAUUAAAAAACGUGUGCCAUGCCCAAAUGGUUACUUGGUUCCUUUACAUGUACAGUCAAUCUUGUGCUUGCGACCACUUGAAUUAAGCGACUUUUGUCUUAUGCGACCACUUUGAAUUUCCCUGCGAGAGUUUUCACUAUAUGUUCAUAUUGUUUUAAGCGACUUUUGUCUUACGCGACCAACGACCGCUGAUUGUCAUGUAUUUUGAUGUCCAAAUCUUUAAUUAAGCGACCACUUUGAGGUUAAUGUGGUUAAUCUGUUGACCGUUCAGGGACAAAUCAGUGUAAAUUGUUUAUCUAAGCCGAUAAGAUGUACGAUAACACCUUUGUUUUGUUUUCACACUAGCCAUUUUCCUUUGUCUCGAUGACCGGUUCUGAUGCAGACUGCAUAUCAUUUUUUUAUGUUGAAUAAUACAGUGAGGUAUUGACGCACAGUCUACGGUUUAAAUAGUUUACAAUCUGGGACGUUAAGUGACAAACUUAAUCGCCGAUUUAAUUGCAGAAAAAAUGCGCCGACGCGACAAACAUUUUCACAGUGUUCCCGAGAUUUGUAAAAAAAAACCUAUUAAUCUGUAACAUGUGUCGAAAUCAGUUCACUAAAAAUAAUUAAUUGUAAUUAUGCUAAGUAGUUUUUUAAAAUUUUCAAAUCAGGCCUGUUAAUUUAGUUUUCAAUCGACGUAUUUUAUUUAUUUCCCUAUGCACCAUAAUUGAGUCAGAUUUCCAUAAGCUUACAUGCAGAAAUAAUAAUGUCAAAACGGAAAGUGUAAACGUUUAAUGAGAAAAUUCGGGUAUUGGAAUUGUCUAAGAGUAAAAGUGCAUGUAACAUCGCGAAUGAGUUUGGAGUCGGAAAACCCCAAUUUAGUAAAUUUUAGAAUAAGAUAAAACAAAAAAAACUUAUUUUCAGUAAAACAUUAUUUAUUUUAUUUUUAUAUAGAUUCAUUUGAUUACAAAAGUUGAAAUCCUUGUGUCAAAAGGUUAUAAUCCUACAUCUGGAUUUGAAAUCAAAGCUCUGCAUUCUUCCCAAAUGCCUUUUUUUUUUAAAGACCAUUUUAUUAAGAGACCACUUUUGGUUACUCCCUUAAGUGGUCUCUAAAUACAAGAUUGACUGUAUUUUAUAGUGAGUGACUCCGUGAAUACUUGAAAAAUCCACUGGUUUCCCUGGGGUCAAAGCUGGCUCAUUGAGUUACUUGUUUCCCUUUUAUAGUGAUAAUUUUUAAAAUAAUUGAACCUCUGAAACUGCACAAGAAAGUGGUUUGGAUUUUGUUUUGUUACAUCAUACUUAAUUCUUCUACCAAGCUUGUUUCAAUCAUGCAAUUACACUUGUCCUCACCAUGGAUUGAGCUAUUCCCUUACCGUAAAAAGUUGUGUAUUAUAAGGCGCACUUUUUUACCCCAAAAUUUCAUUUUAAAAACUUGAUGCGCGUUAUGCACAACUACAACCAUGCCAAGACAUUUUUUCCCUGUCAGUUACCCAGUUGCGGUAAUUUGCAUCGUUCUGUUCCCCGGUGUUUAAACUGUAACUAUGUUAAUAAUAGUGUUAAAUAAGAUGGACAAACAUUAUAAAGUUAUCAUUAAUAUUUUCUUUUUCAGGUACGUACAGAGCAUUGAAAUCAAAUAAAUUUGAAGAAGAGAAUGAAAAACAAGGAAGCCAUUUUUACUGUUUUCCCACAAUAUUAUACCCUACUGUACUAGGGUUACAAAAUUUAUUUGGGGGCACUUGUCGAUUCACAAUAGUAUGUCGACAAGGUCUUUCCCGAUAUAUUUAUGAUUAUUUUUCUUGCUUUUCAAAUGUGUUAAUAAAAUUGAUGUUGUGUUUGUAUACACGUUUUCAUACGUCUUGUCAAGAUUGAGGAUGUGAUUAUCGAGCAAUUUGCGUCACCUGUGAAGUUUUGUGUAGCUGGGCUAUUAUCAAAACAUGCGAACGGCAAACGGCUUCACACCUCCAUUGUUUGUUUAUCGCCGGUGAUGUCGUAAUGGUGUUGAGAAGUUUGAGUCGUUAAAGUCUCCUGUCAAUUAUAGACACUCAAAAAGAACGUAUGAUAUCGGCAAUGUAAAUAAAACGCGGGGUUGUGAAUUAGUCGUGCAUGAAUCACCACGUGACAAUACCAAUCGAUAAUGUCAGUUUCUUAGUUAUUACUAAUCCAUUCGUCAUGUGUACUCCUCCACGAUAAAAUCGUGGACAGUUACUUCGGAGACAUAUGAUGAAACCUUGAUGGUAUCCUCGUGGAAAGUGUGCAUUUCAUUCAUAAUUCAUUUAAAUCCAAACAUUUAUUUUUAUGCAUAAUAUGAUAUUUUUUUUAAACACACAAACUAGUUGUAUCGUUAUCGUCUUUAAGAUAAUUAAUAAUUGAAGCAAUAAAACACGUAAGAUCGGCAAUGUAAAUAUAACGAUUUUCAGUUAGCCUGCGGUACGGAAUUUUUCCCCAGAUUUUUUUGCUUCAAAAACUGUUUUUCCCGAUUUUUUAGCUUAAAAAAGUAGAUGCGCGUUAUACAUAAAUGCGCGUUAUACACAACGUUUUACGGUAUUCCUCCUUGUGAAUAAACAAAUGUUUGGUAUUUGUUAUAUGUCAGUAACAUACAGUUCUAUGAUGGUCACCUGCCAAGCUCAUUCAAAUGAUGUCCAGGUGGUCUACAUUGGCCCAGCAUUGUUUUAAUUAAAUACAAAACACUAUUAUCAAGAGGCUUGGCCGUUUUCCUUAUAUAAAGUGCGCCCUUGUGAACACUCUGUAGUAAUAUUUUUCCCCAAUCAUCAUAACUUGCUCAGAACGACUGAAUCCUAUUUUGUUAAAUGAAGCAUCUCGAUAGCUGCAUAUAACAGUUCAGAUCCUUUGUGUCUCAGGUGAGCAACCUCGGGCCUCUUGUUUAUUUUUAUUUUGUUUGAUUGUUCAUCUUCAAUGAAAUGUUUGCAUUAUAUUAACAGUAUUUAUUUGCUAAGAUUAGUCAUUUGUUAAUUUAUGGAUGCUGUUAUUAUUGUACUGUUGAUUCCGAGGCGAUAGGUAAACCAAGCCCAUUUUCAUUGUGUUUUUAGUUACAUUUUUUACAUUUAUUGUUUCACUAAUUUUGUCAAAGAGGGGCGUAUAUUUCACAUGUUUGGGUAAUUUUAGACAGUCACUGAAGUAGGGUACUUGGUGUCUUGAAAGUAAUAAUUUCCUCCAUAAACAGGGACCACACUCAUCAUCUCUUGACCAAAGAGUGGACUCUAUGGUGCUUUUGAAAAGAUCUUAUAACAACCCUAACUAAUGACUACAUUUUGAAUGUCUGUGCAUUGUAUAAAUGGAUUGUAUCAUAGUUACUCUAUAUUUGGAUAAAAUGUUGAUGUUUUAUAAACUAUCUAGUGAAUUUUGUUUUGUAAAUAUGUAUGUAUAUAUUAAAAUCUUCACUUAUUUAUAAUGUAAUCUUGGUUUAUGUAAACAAUUGUUAACCAUGCCAAAGAUUUGCAAGCUUUUCAGGGGCAAUAUAAUUAAAUAAUCAGUUUACAUGUUAUAUACAGGAUAUGUUAUGCUAAUUAUGUUAAACAAUUAAUAAAUUCUAUUUUCCUGUAAAAGCAAACUUUAUGAUUAUAAUAUUUGUUUGCAUCUUCACCUUCACCAAACUCUUGCUUGAUAUUAUUUUUUAUGAGUUUGGGGCUGAGAAAAUCUCCAUGCAUAACUUCACCGCAAAUAGAGGGUCCGUAUUCACCACACCAUUCUUAGUUUUAACUCUUUCAGUGCUGGAACCGAAUUUUGAAGGCCUUUGCAAACAGUUUGAAUCCAGAUGGGACGCCACAGAAUGUGUCGUCUGAUCAGGAUCCAAACUGUUUGCUACUCUAAUAGUAUUCUUUGAAAAAACUCAAAGAAAAUGCUAAUUUAAGAAAUUCAGCAGAUGAAAUUUUAGCAGACGACAAAUUUCCCAGCAUGCAAAUGGUUAAUUAAGAAUAAAGAAUAAACUUAUGACCAAAAAAAUACCCCUAGUGUUUGAAUAUAUAUAUGCUACCACUGGUAAUUAUGUCAUUUAAAACAUGUUUUAUAUGAAGAAUGAUGCAUAUAGAGGAGGUUAAUUCCAAGAUAUACUAAACAUUUAAGACACACAACUUAUUUGGCAUAGUAAAUUUAAGUUUAAAUAAGAAACAUAUUUUAUCUAUGCCAAUUAGAAUAUAUCUGGUGGUUACAUGGUAGAAAUCCGUCUUUUUUGCGCAUUAAAACUGAAAAAUAAUCGAGUUUGUCAAAAUGGACGUAUACGUCUGAAAAUGCUAUAUACUUUCGGUCUUAAAAGCGGUACCGUUUGAAAAAUAAUAAAUUACUUGCUAACUAGGCUAUAGAUUUAAUGACAAUUGUGCACACUUUUAAAUUGCAUCUAUAUGCAUAUCUAUAUUGAUAAACAUGCAUUUCAUUUUAUCUAUGCCAAAUAGAAUACAUGUAUAUCUGGUGGUUACAAGGUAGAAAUCCGUCUUUUUUGUGCUUUAAAACUUAAAAACAAUCGCCUUUGUCGAAAUGGACGUAUAGAAAUCCUACUUUCACUUUUAAAAGCGGUACCGUUAGAAAAAUAAUAAAUUAUAGGCUAUAGAUUUAAUGACAAUUUUGCACACUUUCAAAUUGCAUCUAUAUGUAUUGAUUAACAUGCAUUUCAUUUCAAGGUCGGAGGCAAAGUGUGUGGCUUUAAAGCAAUCCUUGAAAAUUCCAAUUUUAAGAAUAUUCUUUAUUCUUAGACUUUAAAAGUCUAAGACUGGUUGGGUGAAUACGGGACCAGAUAAAUCUAAGGUGUUUUUGGCAUUAAAUGCAUGAAGUGUAUUAUAUAACAUCAACAUUAAUUGCUUAACUUUGAUAUUAAUUUUAAAAAAUAUGAUGAAGAGUGAAAAAUAGUGGGGGGAAAAAGAGAAAAUCAUCCACAUAAGAACGGAUAAACAAUUGUUCAAUGUUGUUCACGCCUAAAAUCUCUGACUUCUAUUGGAAACAUGACUCUUAAAUUUAGUAUUUAAUUAAUAUAAGCCAGUAUUGUGUUCACAUAUCGGAGCAAAAUGGACCAAUAUAGCUGAGAUUAUUUAUGUACUUUUUUCUAACUUCUAGUAAGGCACAUCAUUUAUUAGAUCUGAAAAUUGAGGUUUUGUUUAUCUGUUUCUCAUGUAUAUUUGAGAAACUGACAAUCUCCUGUGCACAUUUUUAUUUGUCUGUUGUUUUCAAAUGCCUAUUUCUGAUUAUCUUUUUUUAUGCCCCCGGUAGGGUUUGCAUAUAGCAGUUGAACUGUCAGUCCCUCUGUCUGUCUGUCUGUCUGUCUGUCUGUCUGUCUGUCUGUCUGUCUGUCUGUCUGUCUGUCUGUCUGUCUGUCUGUCUGUCUGUCUGUCUGUCUGUCUGUCUGUCUGUCUGUCUGUCUGUCUGUGUGUCCGUCUGAAAACUUUAACAUUGGCAUAACUUUUGCAAUAUUGAAUAUAGCAACUUGAUAUAUGGCAUGCAUGUGUAUCUCAUGAAGCUGCACAUUUUGAGUGGUGAAUGGUGAAGGUCAAGGUCAUUCUUCAAGGUCAAAGGUCAAAAAACUAAAUCUAAGGGAAGUAAUUUCUAUUUUAUAUCAUUUGGCAGGUACAGAUCAAUUUCACAAGGGAAGUAAUAUUUUUUUAAAGGAUAUAAUAAAAAACAAAUUUUAAGGUCAAGAUCAUCCUACAAGGUCAAAAGUAAAAAAAUACAAUCCAAGGGAAGUAAUAAGCUAUAAGAGGGAGAUAAUUUCUAAACCUGCCAAAUGAUAUAUUGAAAUUUUAUUUCAAAGAGGCGCAAUAGGGUGCAUUGUGUUUCUGACGAACACAUCUCUUGUUUUUACAUGUUUAAUAAUAUAAAAAAGAAAAAAAAUGUUUAAUAAUUUAAGAAAUCCAUGUUGGAGUUAACGUACUCAUUUGAGAUGUGAGAUUCAUAUUGUACUGGUAAAUAUAAAUUUUGGUUCUUGUAAUUAUACAUUAAUUAAGUUUGUUUAUUUUUUGUAAUGUUUGUUGUACAUUUUGUAUCUAUAGAUAUUUAUUUCCAUGCUUGUUUAAAUUGAACUGCAAUAAAUGUUUUAAAAAACA